AUGGUCGACUCAGGCGCAACAGCGCUAUUUCUUGAUCAGCUCUUCGUUGACCAACACAAAAUCUCCACCUUCCCUCUCCGCUCCCCCAUACGCAUCACUAACAUUGAUGGCUCUCCGAACCGAGCAGGCAAUAUCUCGCACUUUGCCCGACUACAUCUCACAGUCGAUGAUCAAGAAGCCUGGACGGAUUUCUUAGUCACCGAUCUAGGCGGAGAAAGCGUCAUUCUGGGCCUGCCUUGGCUUAAGAAGACUAACCCGGACAUCGAUUGGGAACAAGGGCACCUACAGUCCCGUAUCCCGGAGCUACAGGAGGUGGAGGAAGAUGAAGACGAAGAGGAAGAGGAGCAG